AUGGGCAGUACAAAUAACGUGACUGAGCUAAUUCUCACUGGCCUUUUCCAGGACCCAGAGGUGCAGAGAGUGUGCUUUGUGAUAUUUCUUCCCGUGUACCUGGCCACGUUAGUGGGCAAUGGUCUCAUCGUGUUGACAGUCAGUGUCAGCAAGAGUCUUCAUUCCCCCAUGUACUUCUUCCUUAGCUACCUGUCCCUGGUGGAGAUCAGUUACUCCUCUACUGUUGUCCCUAAAUUCAUCACUGAUUUACUCACCAAGAUUAAAACCAUCUCCAUGGAGGGCUGUCUGGCUCAGAUAUUCUUCUUCCACUUCUUUGGGGUCACUGAGAUUCUUUUACUUGUGAUGAUGGCUUAUGACCGCUAUGUGGCCAUCUGCAAGCCUCUUCAUUAUAUGAACAUUAUGAGCCGUCAACUGUGUCAUAUACUAGUAGCUGGUUCCUGGAUGGGGGGCUUUUUACACUCCAUAAUUCAGAUUCUUAUCACCAUCCAAUUGCCCUUCUGUGGCCCCAACAUAGUUGACCACUACUUCUGUGACCUUCUGCCAUUAUUCAAGCUUGCCUGCACUGACACCUUUGUGGAGGGUGUCUCUGUAUUGGCCAACAGUGGCUUAAUUGCCUUGUGUUCCUUCCUUAUCUUGGUAUUGUCUUAUAUUGUCAUCCUGGUCAACUUGAGGAACCACUCUGCUGAGGGGAGGCGCAAAGCCCUCUCUACCUGUGCCUCUCACAUCACAGUGGUCAUCUUGUUCUUUGGGCCUGCUAUCUUCCUCUACAUGAGGCCCUCUUCCACCUUCACUGAGGAUAAGCUGGUGGCUGUGUUCUACACUGUCAUCACCCCAAUGCUGAACCCCAUCAUCUACACACUCAGAAAUGCAGAGGUGAAAAAUGCUAUGAGGAGAUUGUGGGGUAAGAAGAACUCAAGGGUAGACUGA